AUGACUGCACCAAAACAAGACACUUCAGCAACAAAACCACACGUCGAACCCCCUCAUCUCAUCGAAUUCUCUAAAGUACUCGAUGAACUCCAUAAACUCCAAGUGAGCGCGUUAGUUCCACAACCAGACAAAGAGCAAAUCCAAGCACUAGUCUACGCGCGCACCACCGACACGAUUUCCUUGGCGCUCGCACAAUUCCGUAAUCAUAAUAUCAUCAGUUUGCCAAUCUUCGAUACGAUUAAAGGAAAAUUCGUGACGAUGAUCAAUGUUGUGGAUGUGAUGCGCUUUAUGAUGUUGCGCGAGUUCUACAAGAUUGAUCCGUCGUAUAAGGAAGAAUUGACCAAGCUUUAUGAGUGUAAAAUGGAGGAUGUGAUUGCUGCUGUUGUGCUUAAUAGACCGUUUCGAGUUUAUCAUGUGACCGAUCCUUUAUUUGUUGCGCUUCGUGCGAUGGAAGCUGGUAAUGAAAAUGUCUAUGGGAUUUUAGUGUCCUUUGCGGAGGAUAAAGAGCAAAUCGAAUCGGAUAUCAAACACGCAUUAAUUAUCACUCAAUGGGAUGCCAUCAAUUUCCUUUUAAGAAACGAUGUUGUACGACGUCAUGGAAAAUUGGAUACGUUACCAGCGAAACAAGUUAUGCAACGUGCUUGGAUCACCUUCACAAAGAAUGAUGAUCCCAAUCAACCAACUCAUCGUUUACCAAUUACUCCUGGUAGAUCCACUUUUGCAUUGUCUGUACUGAAAGAUGUUAGCGCUUUUAGUGCACUUAGAAGCAUGUCUGCUCAUCAUAUAUCUUCUAUCGCGGUCGUAGAAAAAGAUGCUGCUGGUACUAUAAAACUGAUUGACAAUCUUUCUGCAUCCGACAUCCGUUUCAUUACCGUUGAUAAUCUGGCAGAUGGGUUCCUGGAAGUGACCGAAUUCCUUAGUAAAGUUCGCGGACAUCCAGGAAAACCAAUCUUGUGCGAUGAAGAAACACCUCUUGUUCAGAUCAUGGAGAUGGCCUUGAAAAAUAAUGUUCAUCGUGUAUGGAUCGUUGAACAUAGCACUGGCAAACCAAUUGGGCUUUGUUCGAUGUCUGACAUGUUGUCGGUGGUUGUUGGCGUUAAUGCUUAA